ACCAGAGCUCGCUGGUACGGCUCAGCACCACUCCCACUCGACAAAGGAAUUGUCACCCACCUGAAAGAAUACACCGCAAAUUUCCCGAAGCUGAAGAGAGCAGCGGAGGGCUAUUUGAAAAAAAUCUCUCACACACAAGCAUACCCCCUUCAAACUACAAUAGCCCACUGCCGCGAUAUCCAACGCGAGCAGCCAUCGUCCAAUUUCAUCCAUCAACAUGUCCAACCACGAAGAUACCCCCUCCAACCCUUCCACUCAAAACCGUCGCAGUUCCUUCACCUCCCAAACCUUCAAUUCGAUCUUUGGCAGAUCCAACAGCACAGCUGGGGGACCAACAGCCCCUUUCCCGGGUGCCAUCUCGACAGCUGCCGCACAAGAUCAACGACGACGCAUGUCGAUUUCGACCCUCGGCUUGUCCGGGAACUCUCCCACUCAAGCUACACCUUUUGCAUUUGGGGGCCGUCGAGGUAGCACCUCGACGGAUCGUUCCGACUCGUUCGAUGAGAACGCCAUCGACGAUGAUGACAGCCCCGGCCGUGGCAUCCCGACCGGACCCUUCGCUCGCCGCAUGUCGGUCGGUGGACAAGCAUUCCGAGCAAGGGCGGCCAGCACCAGCCCAGGCGCUGCCGGUAGAUCUCCCCCUUACAGUGCAGCUCCCAAGCCCAACCCCUUUUUACCCACAAUCCCUGCGGGAUCCAGGAACGGGGGUGGAGUGACGCCUCCUAAAUUAAAAGCAAAUCAGGCAAGCAUGCAAUCAAAGUCCAGAACUGCAUCUGACUUCCCUGUUUCCGCUCGUCCAGGUGAAGGCGGUGGCUUCAACUGGUCUGAGCAGCUUAGAUCCCGCGCUGAGAGCACCGUCUCGCAGUCGCAGCGCCCUUCCUUCUCAGCCUCCACUGGCGCCCCGAAGACUACUCCGAUGCAUGAGAGAACCAGGAGCCUUGGCGAGAUGCCGACUCCUCCUGUAUCGGGUCCUGCGCCAGCCCCCGCUCCGGCUCCAGAGAGACCGGCUCGGAAGAAACCCGAUGCGUUUCAAGAGCGGAUUCUCAAGGGAGAUUUCUACAUGGACUGAUGGAUGUGCGGCAUCCCUCGUCGGCCCUAACACCUUUUCUUAUUUGAUUAUUAGCACAUAAAGCUUCCCAUUGCUCUUUUACGAUGAACCUUUAUGAUGGCGCUGGAGUUGAUGGAGUUGACGUGGUCACGGCAGAGCUUACCCCUCUCAUAACCAGGUUGAUACGGUUGCUUUGCCCUGCUUUUCCCGGAAGAAAAAUUGGAACCCGGAGGGUGCAUGAAUGUGCGCUGGUCGUUGCGUUC